GGAUUCUUUUGAGAGAGAGAGAGAGAGAGAGAGAGAGAGAGCUUCAAUCUUUGGUUAUUGAGUGGUGAAAGAAGAUGGAGGGGAAAGAGGAGGAUGUAAAGUUAGGAGCAAACAAGUUUUCAGAGAGACAACCAAUUGGGACAUCAGCCCAGACAGACAAGGAUUACAAGGAACCACCACCGGCACCUUUGUUUGAGCCUGGUGAACUCAAGUCAUGGUCUUUCUACAGAGCUGGUAUUGCGGAGUUCAUGGCCACCUUCUUGUUUCUUUACAUCACCAUCUUGACUGUAAUGGGUGUGUCCCAGUCCAAGACCAAGUGUACUACCGUCGGCAUUCAAGGCAUAGCUUGGGCCUUUGGGGGCAUGAUCUUUGCUCUUGUCUACUGCACUGCUGGCAUUUCAGGUGGGCACAUCAACCCAGCUGUGACCUUUGGGCUGUUACUGGCAAGGAAACUGUCCCUUACAAGGGCGGUGUUUUACAUGGUCAUGCAGUGCCUUGGUGCCGUAUGUGGAGCCGGUGUAGUAAAGGGGUUCCAAGGAAACAGUCGAUAUCAGAUGUUGGGUGGUGGAGCUAACGUUGUUGCCCAUGGCUACACCAAGGGAUCAGGUCUUGGUGCUGAGAUCAUCGGUACUUUUGUUCUUGUCUAUACUGUUUUCUCUGCUACUGAUGCCAAGAGAAACGCCAGAGACUCUCAUGUUCCUAUUUUGGCUCCCCUUCCCAUAGGGUUCGCGGUAUUCUUGGUACAUUUAGCCACCAUUCCCAUCACCGGUACUGGUAUCAACCCAGCCAGGAGUCUUGGAGUUGCCAUAAUAUACAACAGAGACCACGCAUGGGAUGACCAUUGGAUCUUCUGGGUUGGCCCCUUCAUUGGAGCUGCUCUUGCUGCAAUUUACCACCAGAUAAUUAUCAGGGCUAUUCCUUUCAAGACCAGAGCUUGAAAUGAUCACUGAUCGUGGAUCUUCUACUUGCUUCUCUUUUCGUGUCCUACUUUGCCUUGUUUGGUUUGCAUUUUGGGUUAAUGUGCGUAAAUUACGCUAGAGUUGUGCUGUAUUUCCUUUUAUUUGUCAGUGAAGGAUUCUUUUUUUAA